AUGACUGCUGACGCUACUGGCAAGAUAGCUGUGCAGCUGCUUACCUUCAAGAAUAAAAACUUCAAAGAUGCAAAUGGACAGUGCUGUGACAGUGGCCUCUCGUUUUGGUGCAACUUGGACCCUUGUGAUACGACGUUCAAGUUGUGCUUUGACGGCAAUAGUGGGAGCAAUUCCAUGGAUUCAUGUGCUUACGGCUCCUUUGGAUAUCUUGGGGACAUAAAAAGCAAUGACAUAAAUUUUGGAAAUGAAAAUGGAUUCAAAGAUCCAUUUGUUGCAGAUAUUUCUUCAUGGCCGGGUUCAUUCAAAUUAAAAGUGGAUGUAAAGGACUUAGAUGGAGGCAUAACAGGAGACAACGAUCCUGUUGACUUCUUGCAGACGGCCAUCACAGCCGGCGCCGCCUCCAGUGAGAACGCUACAUCCUGGACCUCGGUGUCCUUGCGGGGAACUAGAGGGACAGAACCCACGUCGAUUGCCCUGCAGGUCAAAGUUUACUGUGAUCCAGGAUACGCGGGAGCAGAUUGUGCCACUGACAUAAACGAAUGCGCCAGCAACCCUUGUAAUAAUGGUGGAACAUGCCAAGACAACAUUAACUCCUACACGUGCAAAUGCUCACCCGGAUAUACGGGAGUUAACUGCGAGACCAACAUUAAUGAAUGUGCCAGCGGUCCCUGUCAGAACGGCGCCACGUGUCUGGAUGGGGUGAAUGCCUUCACGUGCCAGUGUGCCCCUGGUUAUACUGGAGUACUCUGCCAGGUUAACACUGAUGAAUGUGCCAGCAGUCCGUGCCAGAAUAAUGCCACGUGUCUGGACGGCAUCAAUGCAUUCACCUGUGACUGUCCCGGGGGAUUCACGGGGACCCUGUGUGAAACUAAUAUCAAUGAAUGUGACAGCAACCCGUGUGUAAACAGUGGGACUUGUCAGGAUGAAAUAAACGCGUUAACAUGUCAGUGUCCUAAUGGUUUUACCGGGACAAUUUGUGAGACGAACAUUGAUGACUGUCUAAACGCACUAUGUUAUAAUAAUGCCACGUGUGUGGACGGCGUUGAAUCCUUUCAGUGUCAGUGUAUGGCAGGGUUCACAGGCACACAGUGCCAGACGGACAUUGACGACUGCCUCAAGGCCACAUGCCAAAAUAACGCCACAUGCCAGGACGGCAUAAAUGGGUUCACCUGCGAUUGUAGCGAUGGAUACACAGGGCAGCUGUGUGAGUCUGAUAUUGACGAAUGUGACAGUAGCCCAUGUCAGAACAAUGGAACGUGCCAGGAUUUUAUCAACAUGUACACCUGUAACUGCUCAAGCGGAUUUACAGGUACACAUUGUGAAACCAACAUCGAUGAUUGUGUUAAUAAUACCUGUGAAAAUGGUGCCACUUGUGUAGACGGAAUCACCAACUUCACCUGUCAGUGUCCACCAGGUUAUACGGGACAGUCUUGUGAAACCAACAUCGAUGAUUGUGUUAAUAAUACCUGUGAAAAUGGUGCCACUUGUGUAGACGGAAUCACCAACUUCACCUGUCAAUGUCCACCAGGUUAUACGGGACAGUCUUGUGAAACCAACAUCGAUGAUUGUGUUAAUAAUACCUGUAAAAAUGGUGCCACUUGUGUAGACGGAAUCACCAACUUCACCUGUCAGUGUCCACCAGGUUAUACGGGACAGUCUUGUGAAACCAACAUCGAUGAUUGUGUUAAUAAUACCUGUAAAAAUGGUGCCACUUGUGUAGACGGAAUCACCAACUUCACCUGUCAGUGUCCACCAGGUUAUACGGGACAGUCUUGUGAAACCAACAUCGAUGAUUGUGUUAAUAAUACCUGUAAAAAUGGUGCCACUUGUGUAGACGGAAUCACCAACUUCACCUGUCAGUGUCCACCAGGUUAUACGGGACAGUCUUGUGAAACCAACAUCGAUGAUUGUGUUAAUAAUACCUGUAAAAAUGGUGCCACUUGUGUAGACGGAAUCACCAACUUCACCUGUCAGUGUCCACCAGGUUAUACGGGACAGUCUUGUGAAACCAACAUCGAUGAUUGUGUUAAUAAUACCUGUAAAAAUGGUGCCACUUGUGUAGACGGAAUCACCAACUUCACCUGUCAGUGUCCACCAGGUUAUACGGGACAGUCUUGUGAAACCAACAUCGAUGAUUGUGUUAAUAAUACCUGUAAAAAUGGUGCCACUUGUGUAGACGGAAUCACCAACUUCACCUGUCAGUGUCCACCAGGUUAUACGGGACAGUCUUGUGAAACCAACAUCGAUGAUUGUGUUAAUAAUACCUGUAAAAAUGGUGCCACUUGUGUAGACGGAAUCACCAACUUCACCUGUCAGUGUCCACCAGGUUAUACGGGACAGUCUUGUGAAACCAACAUCGAUGAUUGUGUUAAUAAUACCUGUAAAAAUGGUGCCACUUGUGUAGACGGAAUCACCAACUUCACCUGUCAGUGUCCACCAGGUUAUACGGGACAGUCUUGUGAAACCAACAUCGAUGAUUGUGUUAAUAAUACCUGUAAAAAUGGUGCCACUUGUGUAGACGGAAUCACCAACUUCACCUGUCAGUGUCCACCAGGUUAUACGGGACAAUCUUGUGAAACCAACAUCGAUGAUUGUGUUAAUAAUACCUGUAAAAAUGGUGCCACUUGUGUAGACGGAAUCACCAACUUCACCUGUCAGUGUCCACCAGGUUAUACGGGACAAUCUUGUGAAACCAACAUCGAUGAUUGUGUUAAUAAUACCUGUAAAAAUGGUGCCACUUGUGUAGACGGAAUCACCAACUUCACCUGUCAGUGUCCACCAGGUUAUACGGGACAAUCUUGUGAAACCAACAUCGAUGAUUGUGUUAAUAAUACCUGUAAAAAUGGUGCCACUUGUGUAGACGGAAUCACCAACUUCACCUGUCAGUGUCCACCAGGUUAUACGGGACAAUCUUGUGAAACCAACAUCGAUGAUUGUGUUAAUAAUACCUGUAAAAAUGGUGCCACUUGUGUAGACGGAAUCACCAACUUCACCUGUCAGUGUCCACCAGGUUAUACGGGACAAUCUUGUGAAACCAACAUCGAUGAUUGUGUUAAUAAUACCUGUAAAAAUGGUGCCACUUGUGUAGACGGAAUCACCAACUUCACCUGUCAGUGUCCACCAGGUUAUACGGGACAAUCUUGUGAAACCAACAUCGAUGAUUGUGUUAAUAAUACCUGUAAAAAUGGUGCCACUUGUGUAGACGGAAUCACCAACUUCACCUGUCAGUGUCCACCAGGUUAUACGGGACAGUCUUGUGAAACCAACAUCGAUGAUUGUGUUAAUAAUACCUGUCAAAAUGGUGCCACCUGUAUAGACGGGAUCACCGGCUUCACCUGCCAGUGUCCACCAGGUUAUACGGGGCAGCUUUGUUAUACGCCUUUAACGACAGAAUCGACGGCGACAACCGAAAAGCCUCACUCAGUAACGACUGUAGUCACUACGGAAACAUUUGCCGUUGACACAGUUACAGCGGACAAAUCUGUUUACACAACCAGUGUUCCAACAGAUCCUGCGUCAACAGCAACUUCACCAACACCGAUAUUAACUAGGGAGACAGUGACAUCGACAGGGAUGACAGAGACGACAGCAGUUAUGCCAGUCAAUGCCACAGAACGCACAUCUAAAUCACAAGCAACUGGAUCGCCACAGACGACUUCGGCUGCGCCACCUGAAACCACUGGCACCAUAUCUGCAGCAGCGAUGACCACGGGAUCUGACGUCAGAAACACCAACAAAAGGAAAAAGCUCUACGGCAGCUAG